AUGAAGGUCACUUUGAUUAUUGCGUUUUUCUCUCUUCUGGCCUCUGGCCAGGCCACCGGAGCGUCCUGGGGUUCCGAGAAAUUCUACUCCAGCCCGGGUAGAUCUCCUAACAAGUGUAAUGACUACCAGCACAAGGGUUUCAGCUGGACUGACCUUGCUCCUGGCUCAUUCUCCGACUAUGGCGGCUUCUCCUUCUCCGGUUUCACUUGCGGCAAUGGCUUUGGUUCCAGCCUUGGCAAGCGUGGCACCCAGAAAUGUAUCUCCGGUACCGUCUCCAAAGGUAGCUCCGACUCCCAGAGCUCCGGUUCCUCGCCUCCAUCGUUCGCAUGCGGCACGGAUGAGACCGGCUUCUCUGUGACCAACUUCCACGUUGCUACCGAGAAGGAUACCGAUUUGCACAUUAUCUACACCAUGCCCGAUGGAUCGACUUGCAAGAACACCGCUUCCUGCAACUCGGCUGGUACUGUGGUCAACAACGACCAGUGUGGUGGUGCUAAGUCUGUUCACUUCGAGCUUCCUGCCGAUAGUAAACAUGAGAGUUGCGGUUUCGGUAUCUACAGCGUUGGCUUUGACUGCACCCCUGGUUCCACAACCACUGCGCCUGUCCCUGGUAUCACUGCUACUAUUACUCCUGUUGCCAGAGUUCCAUUUGAGUCAGUGCCUGCUGGCUCCAGCUCUAUCGAUGUGCCUUCGCUCCCUAGCUCUAUCGAUGUGCCUUCGCUCUCCAGCUCUAUCGAUGUGCCUUCGCUCUCCAGCUCUAUCGAUGUGUCUUCGCUCUCUAGCUCUGCCGGCGUGCCUGCACUUUCUAGCUCUGCCGCUGGCCCUUCGGUCUCUACCUCGGGUUCAUCUCUGCCGGCUGAUUCCAGCUCCACCGCUGUGCCUUUGCUCUCUGUCACCAGCUCCUCUGUGACUGUCGGCUCCAGCUCUACCAUUGUGCCUACACUUUCAGUCCCAGGAUCUUCUGUCGCUCCAGUCACCACCCCGCCGGUCAGCACAUAUGCGUCUGCUGGCUCCAGCUCUAUCGGUGUGCCUACGCUUUCUGUGUCCGGCUCUUCUGUCGGUCCAGUCAUCAUCACACCUGUUCGGAUGACUACAUCGACUGUAUUCACAACCAGUCUGAUCACUGUCACUAGCUGUGCUCCGACUGUCACUGAUUGCCCUGCUGGAUCAGGUUCAACCACUGUGAUAACCUCCACCAUCGCUCUUUCCACCACGGUCUGCCCUGUCACUGAAACAACCCCUGCCGCCACAAACUCGCCAUCUGAGCCUGCCGUACCUAGCCCAAGCGGUGUCCUCCCUGGAAGCUCAUCAGCUGGUAUUCCUCCUUCCAGUGAUACAUCCACUUCUUCGAUAAUAGGAUCUUCUUCUAUUUCCUCUGGCACAAGUGAGACUCCCGCUGGAACUGGAACUCCCACCGUAUCGACCCCGUUGAUUCCUCCUGUUUCUUCUACUACUGCCGGGCCUUCAACCCCGGCGAUCACCACUCCUGUCAGGAUGACUACCUCGACGGUAUACUCCACCAGCUUGGUUACUAUCACUAGCUGUGCGCCUGAGGUUAUUAGCUGCCCGGCAGACUCGACUGUUGUAGUGACUUCGACUAUUGCUGUCUCGACUACUGUGUGCCCUGUCACUGAGACUACAGCUGCUGUCACCACGUCUCUGCCUAUAGGCCCAAGCCCCAGCGGUGUUCUUCCUGGAAGCUCAUUAGCUGGUGUUCCUCCUUCUAGUGAUACAUCCACUUCUUCGAUUAUAGGGUCUUCUUCUAUUUCCUCUAGCAUUGGUGAGACUCCCGCUGGAACUGGAACUCCCACCGCAUCGACCCCGUUGAUUCCUCCUGUUUCUUCUACUACUGCCGGGCCUUCAACCCCGGCGAUCACCACUCCUGUCAGGAUGACUACCUCGACGGUGUACUCCACCAGCUUAGUUACUAUCACUAGCUGUGCGCCUGAGGUUAUUAGCUGCCCGGCAGACUCGACUGUUGUAGUGACUUCGACUGUUGCUGUCUCGACUACUGUGUGCCCUGUCACUGAGACUACAGCUGCUGUCACCACAUCUCUGCCUGCAGGCCCAAGCCCAAGCGGUGUUCUUCCUGGAAGCUCAUCGGCUGGUGUUCCUCCUUCCAGUGGCACAUCGACAUCGUCAAUUUCGGGUUCUAUUUCCUCCACUACAAGUGAGACUCCCGCUGGAACUGGACCUGGAAAUCCCACCGCAUCGACUCCGGUGAUUCCUGUUUCCUCCACUACGGUCGGACCUUCGUCCACUACUGCCGGGCUUUCGACCCCGGCGAUCACCACUCCUGUCAGGAUGACUACCUCGACGGUGUACUCCACCAGCUUAGUUACUAUCACUAGUUGUGCUCCCGAGGUUGUUAGCUGCCCAGCAGACUCUACCGUUGUAGUGACUUCAACCGUCGCUGUCUCGACUACUGUGUGUCCCGUCACUGAGACUACAGCUGCUGCCACCACAUCUCUGCCUGCAAGCCCAAGCCCAAGCGGCGUCUUGCCCGUUAGCUCACCCGCUGGAUCAACUCCCCCUAGUGACACUACAGCUACUUCUACAACGACCGAGUCAGCUCCCCCUACUGGCACUUCAGCUGUUUCCACGUCGGUCGGAUCAACUCCCCCUACUGGCACUUCAGGUGCUUCCACUACGGUUGGUACCUCCUCGGCUCCUGGCGUGACCUCGUCACCUGCACCUUCAUCUCCUGCUGGAACUACUCCCGCUCCUGGUGAUGUCACUACCACUGUCGUUACUUACGAGACUGUGACCACUUGCCCGGUGACUAACACCAUCACCUCCGGUUCAUCUACUUUCGUGACUACCUCGAGCACCAUCUCAACUGUUACCAUGACUACUGUCUCUACGAUUUGCACUCGGUGCUCCGCUACCGCAACCUCCGCUGCUGGUCAGAGCACUGUUGCCCCGUCUGGUACCGGUACUCCCGUGACCUCGACCACUGUCAUCUCUACCACUGGGCCUUCUGGUACCCCCGACGCUUCGAGCCCGGCCCCAUCUGGUACCGAUACCCCCAUCGCUUCGACCACUGUCGUUUCUACCACUGGACCAUCUGGUACCCCCGACGCUUCGAGCUCGGCCCCAUCUGGGACUUCCGAGGGAGUAAGCCCUGUCUCUUCCUCAUCUGCAGAGGUCUCUAGUCCCAUCCCCAGUGGUCCAGCUGUCACUAGCUCGAUCCCCUCCAGCGUCGGCGCUGAGACCACACCUACGGUUCCCCAAGGGUCGACUGCCACGGUUAUAACUUAUGUAACUGAGACCACUUGUCCUGUGACUGCCACCAUAACUUCUGGUUCGUCGACUUUCGUUACGACAUCUAACACGGUGUCAACUGUUACCUUGACCUCGACCUCCAUCCCCUACCUUCCCAGCUCUGUCGCUGCCGGAAGCACUCCCGCUCCCUCUGAAACAGGCGUCACCGCCACCACUCCUCCUACGGGCCCUGUUAUCACCAGUAUCGUGCCAUCUAGCGUUGGUGUCACCUCUACACAAACUAUCCCCGAGGGUGCCACUACCACGGUUGUGACUUAUGUGACCGAGACUACCUGCCCCGUGACCAACACCGUCACUUCAGGUUCUUCCACCUUCGUCACCACAUCCAACACAGUUUCCACAGUGACCAUGACCUCCGUCUCAGUCAUCUGUACCAAGUGCUCUACUACUGUCACUACCGCCACUGCUGGCACCGAGACUCACUCUCAUUCUACAGCCAGCAACACCCCGGCAGUCCCCAGCGGUGUUUCCCCGGUAUCGAGCUCAGCUCCCCCAGCUCCCUCGGCUCCCUGCCCCAACACCGUGCCCCAGUGCAUCAACACCUGGCUCACUCUCGCCCCCAAGUGCACAUCAAACAGCGAUGCUUCAUGCUUCUGUCCCAACAGCGAAUUCACCAGCAAAGUCAUCUCCUGCAUCCAAGCCUGGGGCGCCUCCAAAGAAGAGAUCCAAUCUGCUCUCUCCUACUUCACAGGUAUCUGCGCAGCCUGGGUCCCCCAGAACCCGGGUAUCGUAACCGCCAUCCCCUCAACAAUCACCCUGGUUCCAACAGUCGCUCCUCCCGCACCAACAUCCAGCGUCGCUGGCGCCAGCAUCACCGCCAGCGCCGUCGUCCCCAUCACCUCCGCCCCCGCCCUCCCCUGCACAACAAUCACCUAUUCGACCUACACCGUCACCGUCCCGCAGGUCAGCUUUGUCACAAACACCGGAUCUAGCUCCGGCGCCGUCCCAACCGUCGGUCUGGUCCCGGCCGGUCCCAGCGGCGCCUCCCCAGCACAAACCGGCCAUGUUCCCGCCCGCGCAUCGGCGUCCUGGAUGACCUCGAGCGGGUACGCGUACGCCAGUGGACGCCCAUCACCAAGUGCAUCCCCGGUCUUCAACUCGGCCUCGAGUCUGUCGAUCGCAUCCAGUCUGGUGCUUACCUCUCUCGCUGCUUUCUUCAGCUUGAUCAUGUAA